AUGUCUCGUAAGCUCGGCAGCGCUCUUGGCCCUAUGCUUUGGUAUCUACUCUCGCCUCUACGGGGCACGACUCAGCCACCUCGUCUGUCUGCUGGCCACCCCAUCAGGCGAGCCUUCUAUCGUCAUGGCAAAACCACCGCGACGCACUGGAUGGUGGUCAUGUUGUUUUCGGUGGCCAUAGCUAUGGGCUUCUCAUAUCCUACUCUGUUCUUGUCCAACAAUCCGACGGCUGGCUUCAGCGCAUUUCCACACCAUGUCUGGACCACCACCAAACCGAUAGACGAUGGCACUGCAACGAUAGACGUUGAAAUGCGCCAGGUUUGGGUGCAUGGCUCCUAUAUGCAUGCUCUGGACAAAGAAGUACUGAAGCGAGGUCUGGCUGUUCAACAGAGCUUGGUAGGCGAUGAAGGACUCUCGAACAGCAUCCCAGCCUUGGAUGACAAGCUAAGGUCCAGCACCUUGCAAUGGGGCUACCACUCCCCCUUAAUGUAUUGGAAUAACUCUGCCGACAUGAUCGACGCAGACCCGGACAUCUUGAGGACCAUUAAUGAGCAGAAGCAGACUCCAUCUUCACUGAACGUCGUUCUUCGACCCGCAUCGGUCUUUGCAGGCAAGAAGUUUGACCGUCGUCGCCUUCUAGCAGCCGAUGCCUUGGUCAUCACGCUAGUCAACAAGAUCGAAAAUGGUGCCGGCCAUACCUGGCAACACAAGAUGCAAGCUUUAUCACACGGGUCCUGUGACGAUUGCACGCUUUUCCCUAGCGAUGGCAACGUGACAAGAAAGCGGGUCUACGAGUUCAGCUUCAUGCCAUUGAGUGCGCAAGAGCAUAUUGCCCUCACUCUUGCUUACAGCUGCAUGGCGCUGUAUGUGCUAGUCGCCUUACGCAGGAUGAAGGCCUUCCACUCUCGCUUCGGUCUGGUCGUUACAGCCAUCACUCAGAUGACAUGUUCCAUCCUUGCAAGCUUCACGAUUUGCGCUAUCCUCAAGAUCAACUUAUCUACGAUUCCGCAGAACGCAUACCCAUUUGUUGUUUUGGUGCUGGGCGUGGAGAAUAUGUUUCGGCUGAUCAAUGCUGUGCUAGCAUACCCUCCAACAAUGCCAACCGAAAUUCGGAUUGCGAACGCCCUGGGGGACAUUGGGCCCAUCUCAGUGGCUGCUGCUGCGCAGAACCUCGCCAUCCUUGCGAUUCUCUCGACUGUCGUUUCACCAGGAGUCGCGGCAUUUUGCGCCUUCGCCGCAAUCGCCACGCUCUUCGACGUCUUCUUUCUUCUGACAUUCUUUGUGGCUGUCCUGAACGUCGAUAUACACAGGCUCGAGCUCCAAGAUGCGAUUGUGGCCAGACACAGCCAACCGCCGCAAAAUCAACGCUCGUCGCUCACGAAAGAUACCUGGUUUGACGCCUUGGUACAAGGACGGCUUCCUUUUAGCACUCGUAUGGCUGGUACCGCCGUCACAACCACCUUCGUCUUAUCACUCAACUACCACUUCUUUGAGCACAAGGAAAAGGCGAGUAAUCUUCGGCACCUUUUAAGCAUGCUCCAGGGCGGACCGCCGAGCCUUGCAGACCUCGACACGUUUGCGCCUCCUCCAAUGAACGCGUCACUCACGCCAGGCGAAUGGAUGCGCAUGCAAGAUUUCGACACGGCAAAGGAAGUCAUGAGGCUCGCAAAGCCUGGCGAGGACAGCUUCGUUGUGAGAGUGUUCGCGCCAUUGGUGGUCGUUCUUGGGGGCUCUGAUCGCACCGAUGUCUCGGGAUCGGGCGAAAUCUGGACCCAUGCGUUGAGGAGUUUCGUGACACACCACUUCUAUCCGGUAGCCGUGGCCGUCGUUUUCAUCCUCGGCUUCGUUACGGUGUUAAUGAAUUUUCUACUGUACAACACUGCUGGUGACGAAGAUAACCCGACGGCUCUCCGCGAUAUGGGCGAGCGAUUGACAGCGACGGCGAUCGGCUUGCCGCACAAGCUCGAUAUUGUCAAGAUGGCCAGCAGCGACAAUGGGCACCUCAUCACCAUCUCGCUUGACCGGACCAUAGCUGUCUCCGUUGCAGACAGAUCGAAUCAGACGCAUUACACAAUUGCGAUACCCCGACACGUACUCGACCAGAUCAAGUGGCCAGUCCAUCAUUUAGCGAUCGAUGAUGCUGGCGAAUGGAUAGCAUGUCACUGUGCAGACGACAGGAUUCUGGCCUACAACUGCUCCACUGGCUCUCUCGUACAUCUCGUCCAAUUCCCGGACGAUCACCCGGCGAUCAUAUUCAGCUUCACCAGUCUGACGUACGAAGCUAACAGCAAGCUCUACUUCUUGGUUUUGACGUCUGGCGCUCGACUGGCUAUGAGCUGCAUGGAGGAUGGCAUGUCAAGUGGCGUAGACUUGGUCAACGUCCCGCUGGUCGGCGCAUCUCUGAUUGACACACCCUCACAAUGUCGGCGACUCUUUGUUGUCACGGAGGAAGCCGACAUUGUCUCGUACACAUGGAAUGGCCUAUCCUGGAUUCAAGUAACUAUCAACAACCUGCGAGCCGAGUCCCCUCCUGAUAGAUUAAGUGGCCCUGUGGGAUUACAAACAUACACAGAUUUGGACACUGCGCUGAUCGUGGCAACCUUCGCGAAAACUGUGUUGUUCUUAGACAGCACAGAUCUUUCGAUGAUAGUAACACUAGAGCUUCCAGAAGACGCUGUUGCUGGUACCCACCUCGAGAAUGUGUUACUGGGUCCGAUCCGAACGUGUCCGGCCUGUAGUGGAACUGCAUUUCGUAAAGUGGCGGUAGCUAGCCAGAACGUCAAGGGCGAGUGCAUCAUGACCACGUGGUCUGUGAGUGGUGAACACGACAGUUGCUUCUGCCUGUCGCAGAACUCACCGACUUGCUUGAAGUUCGACGACGCCAUGAAGGACACGCAAACAGUCAGCUCACCAGAAGCCUGGAAGACGGUCGGUUGUCAAACACUCCUUGGCCUCAGACGACGUCAGCAGCAUGAUCCGCAGGCAGCUGCAAAGCGGCUCAACAGCUCGCAGCUCAGACAAAGGCGACACGCGCGGCCGAAUGCGCAAGGCCUCAAAGAAGACUUGUCAGAAGGAUGGGAAGCGUACCGCCUCUCCUUGGACACUGAGAUGGAGACUCUUGAUGUUCCUCCAGACUCGCAGACGGCUCUUGCUCAUAAUCGGACGUUGUAUGUGCACAACGCAGGUCCUGUAGUUGCUUUGGACGCGCAAGCCGUGGCUGUAGCCGUCGGCAAUUCCCUUGAGAUAAUCCGGAGCUCCAGAAGAGCAUCAAUCAGCAGACAUGUAGGAGUAUUGUCACUGGAGAGACAGAGCUCGUUGACCUCGACAAGAGAGCGCUGA